CGAGCAGAACGGAGCUCCACUGGGAACCGAGUGUUUAGAGCCCAGAACUCAGCGAAGCUGCAUCUUGCGUUUUUGGUGUGCCAAGUGCCCAGUCGAAAAGCCCGCCUUAAAGUAUUCCAAAUCCACCGGGAACUCCAGCGAAAGUUCUAGAACUCUAGUGAAAGUGCCAAACGAAGCUUUGCAGUGAACGUCAUCGAAGAAACCAAAGAUAUGCAGAAAAUGAACUUACAUGUGUGCGCCUUAGCGCUGCUGCUGUUCGGCAGCAUCGCCACUGUCCGCGGAAGAGCCGUGGACCUGAUAGACGAUAGCAACGAUGUGGACAACUCCAUCGAGACGGAGGAGAGGCCGCGCAACCGGGCCUUCGAAGCCGACUGGCUCAGGUUCACCCAGACGCCGCCGACGAAGGUGCAACAGGUGGACGGAGCCCCAGUGGAGAUCGUCUGCGAGAUGAUGGGCUCCCAGAUACCCAGCAUCCAGUGGGUGGUGGGCCACCUCCCCCGCUCCGAGAUCGACGACCUGGACUCCAACCAGGUGGUUGAGGAUGCCCCCAGCGCCAUCGUCCGCGUCCGCUCCUCGCACAUCAUCGAUCACGUGCUGAGCGAGGCGCGCACCUACACGUGCAUCGGACGCACUGGCGCCAAGACCAUCUAUGCCAGCACUGUGGUGCAUCCGGUGCGCUCCUCGCAGUUCGCCCCCAAGAAGAACUACCUGGGGCCCCAGAAGCCGCGCAUCGUCUAUUCGGAGAAGACGCACCUCGACCUGAUGGGCUCCAACAUCCAGCUGCCCUGUCGGGUGCAUGCCCGUCCCAAGGCCAAGGUCACCUGGCUGAACAACGAGAACAAGAAGGUCCUGCCGGGCCAUCGCCACCGGGUCCUGCCCAACGGCGAUCUCCUGAUCGCCGAGGUCAAGUGGGAGGACAUGGGCAACUACAAGUGCAUAGCCAGCAACGAAGUGGGAGAGGACACCGCCGACACCUUCGUGUAUCCCGUACUUAAGGAGGAUGACUAAACCACCCACCACCACCAAAAAAUGAAACAAAGGCUAUUGGAUUGACGUUGGGAAUUCAUCUAGUUAGUUAGAUAGAUCAAAUGCCUUCGAAGAUGCGUGAAAAAAGAAAAAAGAAAUAUUAGAAAAAAAAAAUACACAAAAAAAAAACAUAAAAAACAAUAUGGAGAGAAAGGUCAUACGAUUUACAUUUAUGUACAACUUAGGCUAAGCAGAAACUAGCUCGUAAUCCAGGUAAUUAACCGUAUCUAAUGCCGGCUUAGACACUAAUUUUCUAACCACAUACCCUCGAAUAGCAGUCACACGUAUCGCAUUCGAAUUAUAGUAUCUGCAUUAUGGUUUUCUUCAAUUAUAGUUUUAGUUAUCGGCUUGUAAUCACGCGUCUUUUGUUUUUUGUAAGUAGCAAUGAUUGUUCCUAGCGAUUCAGGCGAGCUCUAGUUAACGUAUUUAAACUAAUUGGCCGUUUACUUAAGGGUGCCACACAACCCACAGACCGCACACACCAAUCAAUCAAUCAAUCAAUAAGUCAAUCACCCAAUUCGUAUUUAUGUGCACCCAUCAUUUCUGCAAUUAAUUUAUUGAUCGACCAAAUUCAUCCAGCAUCCAGCAAUUCAUACAGAACAACGGAAUAGUAUUCACGGAAUCAAUCAGUUUCAUAAGCUACCCAAUUAUGUUUUAAUUUAUAAGGUAAUAGAACUGAAAUAUGGUUUUCUAAUUGUUUAGUUUAUAAUCAACUUCAAGCGAUUGUUUUUGAAUAAAUACACCAAAAAUUGA